UUCCACAAUUCUCUAUGAAAAAGCAUGUGAAUUAUUAAGACGAAUUUUGUGGCCUGCACAAAAUUCGUUCUCUAUCAUGCUCCCUUCUCCUAGCUUGGUCUGAUACCCAUUCUAUCUCUCAAAUUACACAGAUCAAAGAGAAGGAGGAGACGAAAUGGUAGAAAUCACGACGACAAAAUUAUGAUCACAAAUUGAUCAAUAAAUAAUUUUGUUCUCGUCGAGAGGCGUUUGGCCUCAUAUUUAUAUAUUAAUUAAUGGGCAAUUGCAUUGAUAAAACUAGGCUGUGCGUUUUGGCAACUCGUAAUUUUAGAAAAGGCUCUCAUCGAGAACAUAUUCACGGCCCAAAAAAUGAUGGUGUUGAACGUGAUCAUAAUGUUAUAGCUCCUCAUAUUCAUCGACCUCCACCUUCAGUUCUUGCAGCAAAGAAUGUGAGACAAAGCCAUCCUUUACCGACUCCAAAUCACUCAUCACAGACAGCCCUCCACCAUGAGAGCAAGCCAAAUACGUUGCCAUUGCCUAAGCAUGAAAACCCUAAUAUUCAAGACGAAGCAAGCUCCACAUCAAUUCUGCCAAUGCCAACUUCAGAGAGCGAGAUUCUAUCGGCCCCGAAUCUAAAGUCGUUCUCAUUGGAUCAGCUGAGUCGAGCAACCUCAGAUUUUUGUGAGGACAGUUUGCUCGGAGAGGGCGGAUUUGGCUGCGUGUUUAAGGGGUGGUUGGAUGAGAAAACCUUAAAUGCUACGAACCCUAGUUCAGGCUUACCCGUCGCUAUCAAGAAGCUCAUCCAUUCUGGCUUCCAGGGUCAUAAUGAGUGGCUGUCGGAAGUGAACUAUCUAGGUCGACUUCACCAUCCGCAUCUAGUGAAACUCAUCGGAUACUGCUUAGAAGGCGAAGAUCGAAUUCUAGUAUACGAGUUUAUGCCCGGAGGCUGCUUGGAGGAUCUAUUGUUCAGCUCAAGAAAUUGCCCAGCACUUUCAUGGGAAAGAAGGGUUCAGGUGGCUGUGGGUGCAGCACGAGGGCUUUCCUUCCUACACGAGUUGGAAUCACCCGUCAUAUAUCGCGAUUUUAAGGCAUCCAAUGUUUUGCUAGAUUCUGAUUUCAAUGCAAAGCUUUCGGAUUUCGGGCUGGCAAAAGCUGGGCCAACUCAAUCUCAAACUCAUGUAACUACGAGAGUAAUGGGAACUGAAGGUUAUUGUGAUCCACGUUAUAUCGCCACGGGAAAAUUGACGGUGAAAUGCGACGUAUACAGCUUCGGAGUAGUGCUGCUGGAGCUACUAACGGGGCGGCCAGCCAUCGACGAGACAAAGUUCGAAGAGGAGAAGAACUUGGUAGAGUGGGCAAGGGUUCAUCUUAACGACAAGGGCAGAGUUUUCAGAAUGAUGGACACUAGGUUAGAGGGCCAAUAUUGUAAAAGAAGUGCUUUCAUUGUCGCAAAUAUGGCGUUGCGAUGUUUAAAUCUCGAGCCCAAAUAUCGCCCCCCUAUGACUUACAUAUUGGAUAUUCUUCAAAACCUUCCCUCCUAUAAAACCCAACAUUAAUUUUGUCUAUAUAUUCGUAACUUCUUUCUUUUAUCUUUA